GGAAAUGUAACGCUAGAGUCUUAUGUCUGAUGUCAAUAACUGCAUCAAUCAUUCUUUUUUUGAUAAAGUGUGGCGUUGUUCUAAAAAAGAACAUAAACUAUUACACUGUUACGGAACAUUUAUUGAGGUCUCUAAUGGUGAUAUCAGUGAAGAUGGUGUUCCUAAAGCAAGCUAGCCAGUGGCCUGAUUUGGUUAAGCAAUGGAACACUGUAGAGGUCAAUCUGCUUAUACUUCAGGCGAAUCAACACAAGAUUAAUUCAGUCACAACACAAGAGGAAUCCAAAAGGUUUCUGGCUCUACAUGAGAGAGAGUUACAACAGUGUGAUAUGAAUCGGAUCUCUGAUCUUUUCAAGCUUGUGUAUAUGGUCGGCUGCUUCAUCAUAACCUCACACUCAGCUUCUGCAUUACAUCAGGAGAGCAAAGUUCCUGCGAAGAUCCUCUUCUCUGUACCCGCCGAGUCCUACAACACCGACGUGGCGAGAUUCCAAGUACAAGCCUGUCAGUACAAUACAGUAAUUACGGGUUGUAAUUAUUUUUCAAUCACAAAAUCAUUCAUGUUAACUGUGGCCGGGACUAUUGUCACUUAUGAAAUUGUGUUAUUGCAAUUUGGAUCUUUGGUAUAUUACAAGGUACCCUCAAACAUGACACAGUUUUGCAACGGUUUAAAGGGAGCUACCUACUCGGAGUCAUCCCGUUAA